CUCUCUCUUUCUCUCUCUAAGCAGGAAUGGACGACCACGUAUAUUUCAAUAUAAUGUCUCCAGGCAGCAUAAUGUGGAUGGAAGAAGCCGCCGCCGCAGCCGCCGCCACCGCCAUGACCCGCCGGAGUAGUACCAGAACAAGCGCUUUCUUAGCAUACGCCAAUAAUAACUUCGCCGGCGCCGGCGCCGGCGCUCAUAAUGGCCAAAAUAAUGUGCACCGGAGGAUGCUGCAAUUCUGGCAGAAGCAAGGCGAUCGCCGGAAAAGCAAUAAUCUGAACAAGAUCAUGGCGGAGAGGAUUCGCCGGCGGACGCACCGCCACCACUACCAGGCCCUGCACCUAUUGCUCCCCGCCGGAACCAAGAAUGACAAGAAAUCGAUCUUGGAAGCCUCGGAGAAGGAGAUCGAAGAGCUCCGACGACAGAAACAACAGCUGGAGAAGGAGGAGGUGGAGAAGAUGAGACUGUUGGCCUCAAGGGGAAUAUUAAUGCCCAAAACUACAUUGGCCGAGAUCGAACUUAAAGUCGCCAAUUCGGCAGUGCCAGGGAUCGACUCAAUGCUGCAAGUCCUCGACGCUCUCAAGGUCACCGGCUCGACACCGCUUGUGAUCAAAUCGAGCUUUUCCGACCACCAAUUCAACGCCCUAUUACGCCUCGAAACCACGUGCAUGCAGAUAAAAGCGGCAGAUGUGGAGAGAAUGGUGAAGACAACGUUGUACGAAGCUGAGAACAAAUUACGAGCACAAAUUAAAAGAUCACAGACACAUACAAACCCUAAUCAUUGAUUCAUUUAUUAAUUCUAUAUAUAUAUAUAUAUAUGUUUGAUUUUAUUAUUUUUUAAAUGUAUAAUUUUAUUUUGUAUUUUGGGCACAUACAUUGCAGACAGGCAUCAAAGGGAUAAGUAGUGUAGUUGGCACGGGAUCAUAGCCCCUGGCUGCCCACCCUUCCAGUUCCUUUUAAACUAGGGGUUUGUUUGUUUGGGAUACCACGUUGA